AUGGGACAAAAGGACUCCUGGGAGGCCCGCCAGCGACGGGUGGAGGCGUUGUGUGGAGACGUCCUGGCUCCCAUGCCCCUGUCCGCACCCAGCGCCCUGGUCAACCCCGACACCGUCAGCCCGACCCAGUUCCGCUCGUCGUCCCGGGGCUCGAGCAUGACGUCCUCGCAGUCGUACUCCCUCCAUUCACUGGAUGAAGUCAAUUAUCACUCCUCAUUUCAACCCGCCUCUGGCAGCUUUGCCUCCCCUUCGUUUAUGACUGAGCCUGCGACCAAACUGGUGCCAGGGCUACCCUCGGAAGACGCCGAAAGCGCCCCUUCGGCCCUGAGCGACAGCCUGGUAUGGGGCAAGGAGGACACUAGUAGCACUUGGUCACAGUAUGAGGUCCGAAGGGCAUUCUGAGACUGAAUUAAAAGGAAACGAAGGCUGGCCUGGCAGCCUAGCAGAUCAACAUCUCUUUAAUACGUAACAAUUAGCACUACAAUCUUUUUUUGCUUAGCGGAGCUAAGACUUAACAUUGAGGAACAAAUUAUAUCUUCAAUUUAACGUUUUGACUGUAUCGUUUAUCAUUACCGCAUCUUCUCUUUCCACCGUUACAGCUUAUAUUGGGAUGAUAAUCAGUAUAAGGAGUCUGUAUAUCAGAUUUUGUUUUUUUUAUUUCUGUGACACGCAAGUGACAGUGAGUCUAUAUAAAUGUAUAUUGUCCGCAAAAAUUAAGUGUUACGAUAUUUAUAGCUGAUAGCCCUAUUUCUCUUCUCCUGAGUUUUACAUUUCAAAAGCAUGUCGUGAAAAUGGUUUAAAGGUAAAUGAACUAGAAUUCUGUAAAAAAAACAAAAAAACAACAACAAAAAAAAAACAUUUGAAUGAAACCUCAAACUUUUUAUUGAAUAAAUGUACAAAGAUAAAAAAAAAAAAAAAGUUUUUCAUUAUUAUAUAUUCGUAUUUAUUGAAAUGCAAUGUAGAGGAUAAGGAAAAAGUACAUACAAAAUAAUUUGAAAAAGAUGUGUUUUCUUUCUUUCAGAUUUUGUAGAUAAAGAGAUCUGACUUCUAAAGUAAGACCUUGUAAAAUAAACCAUAUAAAAUUAAUAAAUGACCGAAUGAUUUUUCUGAUGCUUUAUUAUAAUAACAAAUAAAGAGUUCAGACGCAAACAUUUCUAAAAUUUGUUUUCUAAAAUUAGGAUUUUUGCUGUAUUUAUGUUCAGGUAUUUCAUUUUACAGGACCUAUGCAUUUCCAUUAGAAUAAACCUGAGCCCGAUAAAAACGCUCCUCCAAGAUUUCAGAUGGCACUCAUGGCUCAUGCAUCUGAACAAAUCUCGCAAAUAUUCUUUUAGGACUAAAGCAAAGGUGUUAUUCCAGGCCUGUACUGAAAUGAGAGCACGAAUCAGACCGCAUCCGCAUU